AUGGCAAACUUUGGGUCGAUCUUGAACACAGAAAGCGUAGGCGAGAAAGAGUGGAGAAAAGAUAGUAUGUUGUCAACGUCGACGACAAGCCCUACUUCCCCCACAUCGCCGGAUUUCGUGCCCUCUACAGAACCACGAACGGUAGUACACCAACCCGGUGGCGCCUCCGAUCGUUAUCGCUAUCGCGUUAACGCUUCCGGCGAGCAUGAAUCCCAUUCUGGCUGCCCGGAUUGUCUUAACUGCUUAGUGGAUACCAAUGAGCGUCCCCUGUAUACGAUUCCUGUCCUCAUCUCUUGUGCUAUUCUGGGCAGCCCCGACAAAAGGAUGCUCGUCAGCGAAAUAUACCAGUCGAUAAUGGACAAAUACCCCUACUUUACCUCGUCAGAACUGGUCGAAACCCGUUUCAAGCAAUCUCUUCGCCAUCAGCUAUCCCUAAAUCGACUCUUCGAAAGAGAACAAGGACAACGACUCCUCACCCGCGGAUUUUACUGGAGCGUCAAUCUCACUGCGCCACCGGGCACGAAACGGCCGCGCAAGCGCGGUAGCCGGAAAGCAGAUGAAACCGAUACGCCUGACGUACCAAAGCGCGGCCGUCCCACACAGGCGCCGCGACCGACGGCGCAAGAUCUCAGCCGUGGCGAGCCCGACGAACUUGGAGCAGGACUAGAGGCACCACCGCUAGAAGAUGCGUUGAUGGCGGAAGUGCACGCGCCGUAG